CAGCGCGCGGCGGCCCGGGCGAGUGACACGCCGAGCCGACACCAUGGUUCAGCAGGUGCUGUACCGGGCGCUGGUCUCCACCAAGUGGCUGGCGGAGUCCCUCCGGUCCGGCCACCUGGGCCCCGGCCUGAGGGUGCUGGACGCGUCCUGGUACUCGCCCGGAAGCCGCCGGGCGCGCCAGGAGUACCAGGAGCGCCACGUGCCGGGGGCCUCCUUCUUUGACAUCGAGGAGUGCAGGGACACGGCCUCCCCCUACGAGAUGAUGCUGCCCAGCGAGGCCUUCUUCGGGGACUACGUGGGCCGCCUGGGCAUCGGCAACGACACGCACGUGGUGGUGUACGACGGCGACGACCUGGGCAGCUUCUACGCCCCGCGGGUUUGGUGGAUGUUCCGAGUCUUCGGCCACCGCACCGUGUCCGUGCUCAACGGUGGCUUCCGGAACUGGCUGAAGGAGGGACACCCGGUCACCUCGGAGCCUUCGCGCCCCGAGCCCGCCGUUUUCAAAGCCACCCUCAACCGCUCCCUGCUCAAGACCUAUGAGCAGGUCAUGGAGAACAUGGAGUCUAAAAGGUUCCAGCUGGUGGAUUCCAGAGCCCAGGGCCGGUACCUGGGCACGGAGCCGGAGCCGGAUGCCGUGGGACUGGAGUCAGGGCAUAUCCGAGGCUCCCUCAACAUGCCCUUCAUGGACUUCUUGACAAAGGAUGGCUUUGAGAAGAGCCCCGAGGAGCUCCGGGCCAUGUUCCAGGCCAAGAAGGUGGACCUGGCACAGCCCCUCAUCGCCACGUGCCGCAAGGGGGUCACAGCGUGCCACAUCGCACUGGCCGCCUACCUCUGUGGCAAACCUGACGUGGCCGUCUACGAUGGCUCCUGGUCGGAGUGGUUCCGCCGGGCACCCCCGGAGACCCGGGUGUCCCAAGGGAAGGGCGGGAAGGCCUGAGCUCGGCCUCUCCAGCGUACUAACUGUAGCCAGUUUAGAGAGGCUGGCGUGGCCUGCUGCCUCACACCUGCUAGCCAGAGGAGAUUGACCGGGUUUUAGGAUGGCGCAAGAGCCCACCCUUUUCAAACAUCUGGAAUAAACCACCUUUUUCUGA